GCCUCGCCGGAGCAGCAUCAUCAAGGAUGGUACAAAACAAAAGAGAGAGCGGAAAAAGACCGUCUCGUUCAGCAGCAUGCCCACGGAGAAGAAGAUCAGCAGUGCGAGUGACUGCAUCAACUCCAUGGUGGAGGGCUCAGAGCUCAAAAAGCUUCGCUCCAACUCCAGAAUUUACCACCGGUAUUUUCUCCUGGACGCUGACAUGCAGAGCCUGAGAUGGGAACCAUCCAAGAAGGACUCUGAGAAAGCCAAGAUUGACAUUAAGUCCAUCAAGGAAGUGAGAACAGGGAAAAACACGGACAUAUUCCGCAGCAACGGCAUUUCUGACCAGAUAUCUGAAGACUGCGCGUUUUCGGUCAUCUACGGGGAGAAUUACGAGUCACUCGAUCUGGUGGCCAACUCUGCAGAUGUUGCAAACAUCUGGGUCACAGGCCUGCGGUACCUCAUCUCUUACGGGAAACACACACUCGAUAUGUUAGAAAGUAGUCAGGACAACAUGAGGACUUCUUGGGUUUCGCAGAUGUUUAGUGAAAUUGAUGUAGAUAACCUUGGACAUGUAAGCCUGUGCAGUGCUGUGCAGUGUAUCAGAAACCUCAAUCCUGGCUUAAAAACGAGCAAAAUUGAGCUCAAGUUCAAAGAAUUGCACAAAUCCAAGGACAAAGCUGGUACUGAAGUCACCCAGGAAGAAUUUGUUGAGGUUUUCCAUGAGCUUUGUACCCGACCUGAAAUUUAUUUCCUUUUAGUCCAGUUUUCAAGCAAUAAAGAAUUCCUUGACACCAAGGACCUUAUGAUGUUUCUUGAGGCAGAGCAGGGUGUGGCCCACAUCAACGAGGAAAUAAGCCUUGAAAUUAUUCACAAGUAUGAGCCAUCCAGAGAGGGUCAGGAAAAGGGCUGGCUUUCCAUAGACGGGUUCACUAAUUACCUUAUGUCACCUGACUGUUACAUAUUUGACCCGGAGCACAAGAAGGUUUGUCAGGAUAUGAAGCAGCCCUUGUCUCAUUACUUUAUAAACUCAUCUCACAACACGUACUUGAUAGAGGACCAGUUCCGAGGUCCCUCUGACAUCACAGGGUACAUCCGCGCUCUUAAGAUGGGCUGCCGCAGCGUCGAGCUGGAUGUGUGGGACGGGCCAGAUAAUGAGCCUGUCAUCUACACAGGCCACACCAUGACCUCUCAGAUCGUCUUCCGCAGCGUCAUCGACAUCAUUAACAAGUACGCGUUCUUCGCUUCAGAAUACCCUCUCAUCUUGUGCUUGGAAAACCACUGUUCCAUCAGACAGCAGAAGGUGAUGGUUCAACACAUGAAGAAGAUUUUAGGAGACAAGCUCUACACGACAUCGCCCAACGUUGAGGAGUCGUACCUGCCAUCCCCAGAUGUCCUGAAAGGGAAGAUCCUGAUUAAAGCCAAGAAGCUGUCCUCGAGCUGCUCCGGCGUGGAGGGAGACGUCACCGAUGAGGACGAAGGGGCGGAGAUGUCGCAGAGGGCGGGCAAGGAGAACGUGGAGCAAGCCAACCACGUGCCCGCGAAGCGCUUCCAGCUCUGCAAAGAGCUGUCCGAGCUGGUGAGCAUCUGCAAGUCAGUGCAGUUCAAAGAGUUCCAGGUGUCGUUCCAGGUGCAGAAGUACUGGGAGGUCUGCUCCUUCAACGAGGUGCUCGCCAGCAAAUAUGCCAACGAGAAUCCCGGGGACUUCGUCAAUUACAACAAGCGCUUUCUGGCCAGGGUCUUCCCCAGUCCCAUGAGAAUUGACUCCAGCAACAUGAACCCUCAGGAUUUCUGGAAGUGCGGCUGUCAGAUAGUGGCCAUGAACUUUCAGACCCCGGGACUCAUGAUGGACCUGAACAUCGGCUGGUUCCGGCAGAACGGGAACUGUGGCUAUGUCCUCCGUCCGGCCAUCAUGAGGGAGGAGGUCUCCUUCUUCAGCGCCAAUACCAAAGACUCUGUCCCAGGAGUCUCCCCGCAGCUUCUUCACAUCAAGAUCAUCAGCGGGCAGAACUUCCCCAAGCCCAAGGGGUCCGGCGCCAAAGGGGACGUGGUGGACCCUUACGUCUACGUGGAGAUUCACGGGAUCCCUGCUGACUGUGCAGAACAGAGGACAAAAACCGUGCACCAGAACGGAGACGCCCCCAUGUUCGACGAAAGCUUUGAGUUUCAAAUCAACCUGCCAGAACUGGCCAUGGUGCGCUUCGUGGUCCUGGACGAUGACUACAUCGGGGACGAGUUCAUCGGUCAGUACACCAUUCCCUUCGAGUGUUUGCAGACCGGCUACCGCCACGUCCCGCUGCAGUCGCUGACCGGGGAGGUCCUAGCACACGCGUCCCUCUUUGUCCACGUGGCCAUCACUAACCGAAGGGGAGGCGGGAAACCUCACAAAAGGGGCCUUUCUGUGCGGAAAGGGAAGAAGUCCAGGGACUAUGCGUCCUUGAGAACGCUGUGGAUUAAAACCGUGGAUGAGGUGUUCAAGAAUGCCCAGCCCCCGAUCCGGGAUGCCACGGACCUGCGGGAGAACAUGCAGAAUGCAGUGGUAUCCUUCAAGGAGCUGUGUGGCCUCUCGUCCGUGGCCAACCUCAUGCAGUGCAUGCUGGCCGUGUCUCCCCGCUUCCUGGGACCCGACAACACGCCCCUGGUGGUCCUGAAUCUCAGCGAGCAGUAUCCCACGAUGGAGUUGCAGGGGAUCGUGCCCGAGGUUCUGAAGAGGAUCGUGACAACUUACGACAUAAUGAUCCAGUCCCUCAAGGCAUUGAUCGAAAAUGCGGACGCCGUGUAUGAGAAGAUCGUACACUGUCAGAAGGCGGCCAUGGAAUUCCACGAGCACCUGCACAGCAUAGGCACCAAGGAGGGGCUGAAGGAGCGCAAGCUGCAGAAGGCCGUGGAGAGCUUUACCUGGAACAUCACCAUCCUCAAGGGACAGGCGGACCUUCUGAAAUACGCCAAGAACGAGACCUUGGAGAACCUGAAACAAAUCCACUACGCUGCUGUUUCCUGUGGGCUGAAUAAACCCGGCACAGAAAACGCCGACGUUCACAAGCCGCGCCGGAGCCUGGAAGUCAUACCUGAAAAAGGAAACGACGAAACUGGAGAAUGAGGGAACUUUCUCGAAAUCAUUUCAGAGCUGAUCACUCCAGGACCAAUCGUAGCCAAGUGGGACACUUGCUUUGCACUCACGAAUGAAAAUAAUAUUGGAGAUUUUACAGCACAACUGGAACAGCCGAUGACAGUCUGUGAAAACUGUGAAUGUAUUUAGCAGCCCUGCGUGUGAAGCCUAAUAAACUCUUCAACUAGAAAUUAUAUUCCUGGCCCAGAUAUGCUAUAUUUGUACACAAAGACAUCCUAACUCAGUUGCAGUGUGAACCGCACACUGUCUCUCUACUAGUCACUCUAGUUCCAUUGAGAAGCAAACGUUUUCCUAACUGAAAACAAUGUCUUAAGAUGGAAAUGGAUUGUACUGUCUAAUGACUAUUUAUUGGGGAAAAGCCUACUCUGUGAGUUCUACUUUUGUAUGACUGCCGGGGUCUCUGGGUCGCAGGUGACUGGGGUGGCAAGCCUGCUGAGCCACGGUUACUAAGGGAAGUGUGACUGUACAGCCUCCGUGAACUUGCGGAGCCGCCGGGGGGAGGCGGGGGCACCGCAGCCGGACGGGAGCUCCCGGCCGGAGUCACGUGCUGGGUACACGGAUGAUGUCCAAGUAGUCAACCUGGAAGCAACACACUGUACAUAGUUUUUCAUUGUACGGAGUAGUGUUCACAUUAAAAAGAUGUUUUAUGAUAUUUCUCCAA